UAGUUUACAUGUUCAAAGGGAGAGAGACCAGAGAGAAAAGAAGAGAUUGAAACAAAUGUCAAUACUCCAGAUCUAGGGUUUCCACCUCCAUGAAACUGUGACUCUUCUCCGUGUUGGUUUUUGCAUGCCAAAAUCGAUGUUUCUUUUCUUCUAAACAACAGUUUUCUCUCUGUCCUGCCUUGGAAGUAAAAGGAAGAGAGAAGGUAGAUGAUUGAGUUCAUUUAUUUCUAAACUACCAGCAGAUAAAUCCAAGGCAGCAAUCUCCUAUUUCAUCUCCAUCUAUAAGUUUAAGCUUUGGAGGGUUUAUUAGAAAAAGGGCUUGAAAGAUGGAAGGAAGUGGGGGCAGUGAAUGUUCUAAAACAACACCCUCUAACGAAAUUCAAGAUGAGAGUGCUGAGAGUGAAGAGAUCGACGGUGAAAGUAAGGCAAGAAAUGGUGGAAGCUCAAGCAAUAGUACGGUUGAAGAGAAUGAGAAGAAGCCGCUGUCGGUUAGGCCUUAUGUUAGGUCCAAGCUGCCGAGGCUUCGGUGGACGCCUGAUCUUCAUCUUCGUUUUGUUCAUGCUGUGGAAAGACUUGGUGGACAAGAGAGAGCUACACCAAAGUUGGUUCUUCAGCUGAUGAAUAUCAAAGGACUCAGUAUUGCUCAUGUCAAGAGCCAUUUACAGAUGUAUAGAAGCAAGAAGAUUGAUGAUCCAGAUCAUAGGCAUCUUGUGGAAAGUGGAGAUCGCAAUAUUUAUAAUCUCAGCCAACUUCCUAUGCUACAAGGAUAUAACCAAAGCCAUAGUUCUAGUUUCAGAUAUGGAGAUGCUGCAGCUUGGAGUGCUCGUGAAUAUUUGCUGCGUGGUCCUUGUAUGAACCGGAGUGUAAUUGAUGAAACCAGACCAAGAUCAUAUGGCACUGUGGCUGAAAAGAUCUAUGAUAGCAACAAUAGCCAUUGGGCUAACUGUAAUUUCCGUAUCGGUUCUUCAUCUUAUGGGGCAAAUUCUAUUUGGAAAAUACAUGAAUUUAAAGAAGAAUUUCAAUCAUCUCACAAACAUGACAUCUUGCAAUAUCCUCAAUCGAGAAUUCGCCAGAUUGAACCUUACCCCGUAACCCAACAGCUACAAGCGAAACUAGAAGAACACAUGAGUUGGAAUAGAACUGCGCCUUCAGAUUUGAACUCAGCCAGUAAUUAUGCACAAGAUUGUAACAAGUCUACCAUGAAAAGAAAGGCUUUGGACUGCAGCCUUGAUUUGGAUCUAUCUCUAAGGCUAAAACCCAGUGAUGAUCAUGAACAUCAUCAGAGCGAAGUUGACAGUAAGUUAUCUUUAUCUUUGUACUCACCAUCAUCAUCUUCAAAGAAUGGCAGGUUGAAGGAAGAACAAGAUGAUAAUAAGAGGCAUGCUACAAGGGCAAGUACUCUGGAUCUGACUAUAUGAAUGAGAAAAUUCUAAGUGAGAUCUUGAGGUACUUAUCCAAGAAGAAGCAUUAUUAAUUCUAUGAAUAUUAAUAUUAUGUAUUGUACCAUUAUACAAGUUAAUUCCAUCUUAUUAUUUCUUCACCA